AUGGCCUCUAAAUGGGGCUCGAGAGGGCGAGUGGGGGGCGUGCACUGUGAUGGCGAGUGGGGGGCGUGCUCUGUGAUGGUGUUGCGGGUAGACGCUAGCACGGGCAUGAUCAGCCACUGUGCCGUCAACGCGUGCCUGGCCCCUCUAUACAGCGUAGAAGGGGCAGCUGUGGUUACAGUGGAGGGCAUCGGCAGCAUGCGGGGGAGGCUGCAUCCGGUGCAGGCGGCACUCUCCUCCUCCCACGGCUCCCAGUGUGGCUUCUGCACGCCCGGGUUUGUCAUGUCCAUGUAUGCCCUGCUCCGCUCCUCCUCCUCUGCUGCCUAUACCUCUGCCUCCUCCUCCGCCUCCUCCUCUGCCUCCUCCUUUGCUGCCCCAGCCGCCUCUGCUUCCUCUGCUUCCUCUGCUUCCUCUGCUUCCUCUGCUUCCUCUGCUUCCUCUGCUUCCUCUGCUUCCUCUGCUUCCUCUGCUUCCGCUGCGUCCUCCUCCUCCCUGUUGCCUUCCGAAGGUGAGAUAGAGGAGGCGAUAUCAGGCAACCUGUGCCGCUGCACCGGCUACCGCCCCAUUCUCGAGGCCUUCCGCACCUUUGCUCGCGCCGACGCUGCUGCCUAUGCUGCUGACGCUGCCGCCAAUGCUGCUUCUCAUGGUGCCUCAAACAUGUCUCUUCGGGAUGGUCUUGUUGACGGGCAGCUUGGGGCAGCAGUUUGCCCUUCCACUGGCCUUCCCUGUUCGUGCGGGAAAACCGGCUCCACCCCCACUGCUAGCAGCAGCAAGGAAAGGAGCCGGGCGGUGUGGUUCCGGCCAAUCACGCUGCGCCAGCUGUUGGCGCUGCGAGAAGUUUUUCCUGCAGCCAAGGUGGUGGCGGGAAACACGGAGGUCGGGGUGGAGAUGCGGUUCAAGGGGCUCAGCCCUCCAGCCUACAUCCACGUGGCAGCCAUCCCUGUGCUCUCAGAGAUCAGCCAAUCAGAGCACGGGAUCACCGUGGGGGCAGCAGCCUCCCUGUCCGCCCUACGCCAAGCCAUGCUAUCAGCAGUGCAGCACGCACCAGCUCACAAGACGGCUGUGUGUGCUGCUACAGCAGAGCAGCUAAGGUGGUUCGCGGGAGUACAGAUUCGCAACGUGGCAACGCUAGCUGGUAACAUCGUAACAGCCAGCCCCAUAUCCGACCUCAACCCCAUCCUCAUCGCUGCCAACGCGACAUUCCACCUCGCCAGGCUGGCACCCAAGGCCGCUGACGCGGCAGAUGCUGACGUGGCAGCGUCUGCUGACGUGGACAAGGCUCAGCACGCCACCCGUCCAAUCGAGCUGCGACAGGUGGCAGCACGGGACUUCUUCAAGGGUUACCGGAAGGUGGAUUUGAGGGAGGGAGAGGUUCUUACUGCCGUGUUCAUCCCGUGGACUCGGCCCAACGAGCACAUAAUGGCGUACAAGCAGGCACACCGCAAGGACGACGACAUUGCUCUCGUCAAUGCUGCCCUGCGCGCGCUGCUCUCGCCUCCCAACCGAGGUGCCCAUCUGCCCCUCCGCCCGUUUCCCAAUCCGCCCAUCCAUCCCCCAUCCCCCAUCCGCCCAUCCACCGAUAAGCCCAUCCGCCCAUCCCAAUCCACCCAUUCCCUCAUCCGCUCAUCCGCUCCUUGUCUGUUCCCUUGUGUUUGGCGGGGUGGCAGCAACAUCAGUGCCUGCUCACCCUAUUUCCCCCCCCCCUUCACCCGCGUCUCCCCUUUUUUCCCCCAUCCAGACGCCCCUCCUACUGUCCUCGAAUGCUCGCUCGUCUUCGGAGGAGUGGCAGCAACAACCGUGUCAGCCCGCCGCACGCAACAACACCUUCUCACCCGCCCAUGGACUCAGGAGACUCUUCAGGUGGCGCUUCAGGUGCUUCAGGAGGAGAUAUCCGUACCUGAGGACGCACCUGGAGGCAUGCCUGAGUUCAGGGGGUCUCUCGUUCUCUCUUUCUUCUUCAAGUUCUUUCUGCUCGUGGCCCACCGCGUGAACGGACAUACUCAACAGCAGCUGCUGCGAGGGAAAAUGGUAACGGAGGCAGAGGGAGGGGCAGGGGCGGAGGGAGGGGCAGGAACAGGCUCGGAAGAGGGCGCUGCUACUGGCAGUGCUGGUGAGGGAGGGAGGGAGGAUGGAGGGGAGGUGGUGGGAGUGCCGGCUGUUCACCUCUCUGCUGACUUACAGGUGACAGGGGAGGCAGAAUACGCGGAUGACACGCCUCUCCCCCCCUCCGCCCUGCACGGGGCUCUCGUGCUCAGCACACGCCCCCACGCCCGCAUACUCUCCAUCGACCAAUCAGAGGCCGCCACCUGUCCGGGCUUCGUGGGGAUGUUUGGGGCCAAGGAUGUGCCCGGUAGCAACCGGUUUGGUGCGGUGGAGCACGAUGAGGAGGUGUUCGCAUCGGAGAUUGUGCAAUGUGUGGGGCAGGUACGAGCGGGGUGGUUAGGUAUGGGUGUGGGGCAGGUGAACGUGGGGCAGGCGGGUGUGGGGCAGGUAUGGCUGGGGCAGAUAAUUGCAGUGGUUGUUGCCGACACUCACGACAACGCUCGGGCAGCCGCAAAAAAAGUCAAGGUGGUCUACGAGGACCUGCCCGCCAUCCUCACCAUCCAGGAAGCCCUUGCUUCGGGCAGCUUCCACAAAUUCCCGUUCUCGGGCGGGCAGACCGAAAGAAACCUCCUCAGGGUCCCGAACCCCCCUGGGAAAACCGAUCAAGAAAAGGGCUCAGAAGAGAACAACAAAGUCAAACCUUCCCCGGCCGAUUCAGCAAGCUUCCAAGUGCUCGCCGCCCGGACCGGGUCCACCGUCUCCCCUGCUGACGUGGAAUCCGUCCUUGCUGACGCAUCCCAAUGCCCAUUGGUUCUCGAAGGCGAGGUGGCAAUGGGCGGGCAGGAGCACUUCUACCUCGAACCAAACACCUGUGUGGUCUGGCCUGUGGACGGAGGAAGGGAAGUCCACAUGCUCUGCUCCACGCAAGCCCCCACACACCACCAGAAGGACGUUGCUUCUGUUCUUGGGAUUCCCAUGCACAGGGUGGUUUCGCGGGUUAAGAGGCUGGGAGGGGGGUUCGGGGGGAAGGAGACGCGGAGUGUGCUGGUGGCGGCGGCGGCGUGCGUGCCGGCGUGGCGGUUGAAUAAGGCUGUGCGGGUUACGCUGGAGAGGGAUGAUGAUAUGAAGGUCACGGGGCAGCGACACCCCUUCUACGGCAAGUAUAAGGUAGGCUUCACCCCUUCUGGUCGCCUUGUGGCUCUCCAAGUCCUGCUCCUGUCCAACGGCGGCUGCACUCUCGACCUCUCAGCAGCAGUGCUAGAGCGAGCCCUCUUCCACUGUGACUCCGUCUACUCAGCACCACACAUGCACGCCCGGGGCCGCAUGGCUCGCACGCACCUGCCGUCCAACACGGCGUUCCGGGGCUUCGGUGGGCCGCAGGGGAUGAUGGUGAUGGAAAGUGCUAUCGAUCACGUGGCGAGGAGCCUUGGGAAGAGUGCGGAAGAAAUCAGGUUUUUGAAUCUCCAACCAGAGGGCUACACACUGCACUUUGGCCAGCCGCUGAAGCACAACCCGAUGCACCGAAUCUGGACGCAGUUACUCCAUUCUUCCUCCUUUGAAUCCCGCCGACUCGACAUCGACACGUACAACUCAACAAGCCGGUGGCGAAAGAAGGGCCUUGCUAUGAUCCCCACCAAGUUUGGCAUUUCGUUUACGGCCAAGUUUCUGAACCAGGGCGGGGCGCUGGUGCACGUGUACACGGACGGAACAGUGCUGGUGACACAUGGAGGGGUGGAGAUGGGUCAGGGGCUGCAUACCAAGUGCGCUCAGAUUGCUGCUCGGACGCUGGAAGUACCGCUGUCGAAUGUGUUUAUUUCUGAAACCAGCACGGAUAAGGUACCCAACACUUCCCCCACAGCCGCAUCAGCAUCGUCAGACAUCUACGGGCAGGCGGUUUUAGAGGCAUGUGAGGAGAUCAAGCGGCGGAUGGCGCCGAUCAGGCAGCAGUACCCUGAGGAGACUUUUGGGCAGAGUGCCGAUCGGUGUUACAGAGAGCGAGUAAACCUGUCAGCACAGGGAUUCUUUGCCACUCCAAACAUCGGAUUCAACUGGGCAACAGCCUCCGGAUCUCCCUUUGCGUACUUCACCUUUGGAGCAGCGGUGGCGGAGGUGGUGGUAGAUGUGCUCACAGGGGAGUGGGUGGCGCCGCGAGUGGAUGUUCUCAUGGACGUGGGGCGGUCACUCAACCCGGCUAUCGACAUUGGGCAGAUAGAGGGAGCGUUCGUGCAGGGAAUGGGGUGGUCGGUGAUAGAGGAGAGCAAGUGGGGCGACAGCGCCCACCCAUGGGUGGCGCCAGGCUCUCUCUUCACGUGUGGCCCCGGCACGUACAAGAUCCCGGCUGCCUCUGACAUUCCCACUGACUUUAGAGUCACCCUGCUGGCGGACUCCCCCAAUUCGCACGCAGUUCUCUCCUCCAAAGCAGUCGGCGAGCCGCCCUUCUUCCUCGGCUCAUCAAUCAUGUGGGCCAUAAAAGACGCAAUCUACGCCGCCCGGAAGGACGCCGGCCACACUGGCUUCUUUCGUCUAGACUCUCCCGCCACACCAGAGAGAAUCCGCCUGGCAUGUGCUGAUCAGCUGACAGAGCCGUUUUGUGGGCCGAAUGUUGUGCCACGGCUUAGCGUGUAA